AUGGGCGGUCGGCCGAAAGACCUGCUGGAAGGUCAAGUGAACGCCACGCAAGCUGAGUACCUCGACCCUGACGCGCUGACUGCAAUCAAUGCUUGCUUCAAUCGAUUGAAUGGAAAGUGCCCCGACUCGCCGGCCAAGAUGGCAGGGGGCAACCCCUUCUUCAACGUCACGAGCGGAACCAUGAGCUACCUCAUGAAGCAGUACUGCUGGGCCAACUGCGUGUCGGCACGGAACUCAAUGGCGGCGUGCGCGGACAACGUCAUCUCCCAGUACGACCUGAACGCCACCAUGGCGCCGCUCUACUACCCGCCCGCCGAAGCCGCGGCCGCCAUCGCGACCGCCAACAUCGUCGUCACCAUGCGCUCGCUGGCAGGGAGCGACACCAUCACCACGAGCGCGGCCGCGGUGGCGGCGUCGAACGCGGACCUGGCGGAGCAGAUCCUGAACUGGUGCGAGGUCAACGACCCGAAUCUGAAAGUCGUGAUGUACUCGGGCGCGAGCAGGAGAGGCGUGCUUACGGCGUUGGGGCUGCUGGCGGGCUUGAUGAGUGCGGUUGCCGCGAUUGGGCUGUGA